AUGAUAAAUCGUAUCGAUAUAAAUGCCCAACUUCAAGCGAUGCCUUUAAUGCCUGCUAACACAGAUCUUCUAAUGUCCACUCAACGGACCUCGUUUCAAUCACCAGUUGCUCAGCCUAACGACUAUAGGCUGUACAAUUAUGCGAAUAUGGUAACAGGGGGAACACCAACAUCAUGGUAUUUUUCAUCUAAUCCCCUUCAGUCAAUCACCUACGAAGUCGAUAAUGCACCGUUGAUAUGGAUGAUAAACCAGCUUCAGGAUCAACAAAAUUUACUCUCUGUUAAUGCUCUAACUUUGUCUACCACUUCUGCCCCAACGACUCCAAAAUUAUUCACCGAUUUUAUCCAAGUUGAAGCAAAUAAAAAAAUUUAUGGACUGUCAUCGAAAAUAAAGGAUAUGCCAUUAGACUACAAAAACAAUCCAAAACCAGUACCAUUAAUACCGAUAACAGUUCAAGAUCGAUCAGAUCGAGAUGCUCAAGAUCAAUUUGUUAUGGCUUUAACACUCCAGGAACAAAAGAGAAAUUUACCGAUAAUGCAUAAGACAAGUCUGCGGAAGCAAACAAAAAUUUAUGAAGGUCAUGACAUUAAAAAACUGUUGUCUUUUUGUCAUGGUUGUGCAGAAAUACAGUUUGAUUAG